UAGGACACUACAUUACAAUCCUUUUCCAAGGAGGAUUAUGUAUGCUAUUUCUAUUCCUACUCAUAUUCUAACAAAAUUGAAGACAUUAUUAAGAUGUCCUUAUAUCUUCCUUGGCUAAAUGUUUCUUUGUGGCAUUUGUGUAUCAAGGGUAGACCAAUGUGCAUAAUCUGAUUGAUGAGUUGGAAGAUGAUAUGCAAUAUUGACUUGUGUCAUUGGGCAAGGGAGCUCAUCUUGAAGCUCUUCCUCACCCUCGCUUCCUCUCUCUCACUCUGUAAAAGUAAACAGCAUGGUGUUUCUGUAUCUAUUUGUAUGUCGAUAUAAAUGGACCAAUGUUUUUCAUGCUGAUAUUCUGCAUCUUUUAGCAUGUUCUGGUUGUCCUUUAUAUGCUUUGUAUAUCAGUUUGUUAACUUCAGUUCUGGUCCUGAUUACUGAAACUAUUACUCUGAUUUAUUUCCUCUUACUAGCAAAGUGUGAUGAAUUUACAGGCUGUGACAAGUCUAUGCUGGCAAAGAACAAAACCUGUAAUAGUCAAUGAAAACAAUUGCACAACAGAAAUGGCUCUUCUGGGCAGUGCUGUGGAGGAUUCAAUUUUAAUGCCUGACCCACUUCCUGCGAUGAUAUCAUCAAGCCUAACAACUACUAUGACAACAUCAGGUUCCAGAACCACUGUUCGUUCAGGUUCUGUGGACUCGUUUUCUUUUCCAGAAGGCUUCCCAGGAUCUACAUCUGGGAGACCAGGUUUAUCUCCAUCUGAAGAAACACCCAUACGAAGUAGUUUGUGGAAAGGUGGAUCUUUGACAAGAUUACACGCUCCUCGUAACUUCAAGGAUGAUAUGGAGGUCUUUUCUCCUCUCAUUGAAGUUCAGCCGAUUACACCUUCACUUGAUAAGUUAUGGGAUGAUCAGGAAGGUUUUAAAAAGGAUUUUGAUAAGAAAUCAUCUUUGCUAUUUCCUUCUCUAAGGUUUCCCCUUCCAGUUGAGGGUGGCAAUGAGAAUCUCCCCGUAUUUGAUUGGAAAUCAAGUUCCUUGCCCAAUCAGGAGGACGCUUCUUUUGCACAGUUGUCUUCUACUCCUAUAUCUUCCCGUAGUGAUGACUCUUCCACCAUAACUCCUCCAGAAGCUUGGGGUGGUGAGAGAUUAUCUGAUAGAUUAUCUCACCUUCGGCAGUCAGGAAACAUGCCUUCCCGUUUUGCAAUCUCGACAUCUGGUCCUCUUGCACCAGGAACUAUGUUAUCUGGAUUACAGGAUAAUUUUCCAGCAACUCAGAGUAUCAGCUCUUUGACUAGUUCUAGUCUGAAAUUUCAUUUUGAAACUUCUCUUUCAAAAUGGAGGCCUUUUUGCAUGCAAAAUAUUGGAAGCUCAGAUUGCGUCACUCCGGUCGCUGGCUCACCAUUUCUGGCGACAGUUCAACGGAAAAUUGAGAAAGAGGCGAUUGCUGGCUUGGAUUCGGAUCGAAUUGGGGAUGGGGGUGCUGUUUAA